AUGUCAAAUAGUUCAAAUAAAAAUACAACUGAAACAGAUGUUAAGUUACCAGAAAAUACAAUAGCCAGAAUACUUCAAACAAGUUCAUUUGUAGAUGAGAAUACAAGGAUUACUAAAAAUACAGUGACUAAAUUACAAAAAUAUAUGGAAUUAUUCAUUAGAGAAGCGGCUUUAAGGUCCUUGGAGAAUAAAGAAGAGCAGAUAUCUAAUGAAAAGUCGGCUGUGAAAAAUGAACCGGGACUGGAAGAUACUAAGAUCUUUAAUGAUAACAAUAAAUUAAACGAUAAUGAUAUUGAACUUUCACAUGAAGCAUUAGAAGCCAUUACAGGACUAUUACUCCUAGAUAUGUAA